AUGGGGAAUUACCACAGUCAAACCAGACAUUUACUUCCCCGGAUUGUUCGGUAUACUAUUAUUAUAAGAAACCAGUCGUCCACUGCAUCUGGGAAUUUUAAGCAUGACGAAACAUCACCAAUCUCGUUUGAUAAUUUAGUCGAUCAUAUUCAACUACUUCGUCAAGCAGUCGAUCAAUUAGAAAUGACACAAGAUGAAAAAUUGUUAAAUCGUUAUGUUAAAGAAUAUUGUCAAAAAAUGAGCCGAGAAGAAAUUCUUGAAGAUUAUCGACAGUCGCGACUUUCGUGGUCAAUUCUGUGGAUUUGGCAUCUACAUUUGUUGCAUCCAUUGGCAUAUUACAAAGAUUGUGUUUCUCAACUUCCAGAUGGCCAACUAGUUGAUCCAAAUAUUCAGCAUUUUCCAUCGUAUGCUUCAGGACGUCGUCGCUAUAUGCCAUUUUUCCCGUCUGUUGACUUAGCCAAAGCUGCUGUUCGUCAAAGAGACUUUCUUAAAAAAUUUCAGAAACAUUUUCUGUAUUCGAAUGAUUUGCGGCAUAUCGAUCGCUCGCUCUUUCCACUUCUGGUAGAUGACUAUUUAUCAUUUCUUCGAUUGAGCGAACGAAAUCAACUUCUCGUUCCGACCUUUGACAUCGAUCUCAUAUGGCAUACACAUUUGAGAAAUCCAACACAUUAUCGACAAACGUCAUUGAACUUAUGUGGCUUUAUUUUAGAUCACGAUGAUUCUAUCGAAAAACCUGUUCUCAGAGAGGGCUAUAAGAACACAGCUCAACGUUGGAAGAAUACCUAUCAGACUAAUUACGAACAAAACCAUUUUAAAUCAACAACAAAUAGUAGUUGCGGUAGUGCCUGUGGGACCAUUUCGUAUUCAUUCAGAGAUGUGUGGCGUGAUAUCUGCGACAGUGUCUCGAGCUCCGACGAUAGUAGUGAUAGUUCUGGCGGUGAUUGCGGAGGUUGUGGAGGAGAUUAA